GUUCCUGAACUUGACUUAAUUCCCGGAAAAUGUGUGUGCGGAUAUAUUUAGCUAAUGCUAAAAUCAAUAUAUUUCAGUUUUGUUUGAAAACUAAUUUAUUAUUUUAAUGGACGAAAGAAAACUUGAAGRUCUAUGUGUCAAAACUGACGAUAAAAAUGAAGUUUCAGUUCCCMAAAACGGCGACGACUCUGRAAAGUCCUAYUCUGGACCACUCGAUGGCAGAAAUGGCGCUAACCAAAAACAGACAGAAAAUGAUUUGUCGAAAAUCCCUUUUCCUACUAAAGAUAUGGAUUUAAUCGCAAGGGGUGCAGCAAUUCCAAACAAUAAUGAAAMCUUCGGACUUCAAAAUGUUCCGUUUGAUUCGACAGAAGAUACCACUUCUUGGAUUAGACCUCUCUCUGAACGUUCAAUAGWAGUUCAAGCAACUACAGAUUCUGCUACAACGGACCUCAUUCCUUCCGAAGUUCUACAAACUGAAAAGCGCGUACAAGCUUUGCUUCUUGAUCUUGGAGAAGAAAAUGAAGCUUGUACAUACAGACUUCCAUCAGCUCAUUUAGAGAAAUUAGAGGACGCCGGACAGACCGGAUUGUCUCAAGAGUAUUCUGCCGUACCUCAGAGAGACAGUAUAAGUGACUGCUGCAUUAAUGAUUUUAUGAGAUUUCCCUCGCCUCCAAMAACAUCUCCUUGCAGUAGUCUUUGCGAUUCGACGGACGCUGGACAGACCGGACGCUCUCCACCGCAUUCCACUGGCUGUUCGUCAGCGUCUUCUAAAUCCUUUAGCAAAAGUUACGUGUAUAGUUCGGCUAGCGUUGAUAGCACUCAGCCUAUUCCUGAUCCUCGGACGRAUGGCUAUGGUGAUACCCAGAUUUUAAUACCAAUGUACAAAUCUGAUGGAAAUGGCUAUUGCUGGCCUAUUGAAAUUCUACCCCUUGGAGGAAACCUCCGUUUUGACGAAAACAAACAAUGGGUGACAGUUGCUCCGAUUGGGCAAGGUGCUGGUGGAUCGUGUUAUAGAGCAUCAAUCUUAGCAGACAAUCAAAACAAUUCGGGCACCUUAUGCGUCAAAAAGGUGAUCAAAUAUAACAGAGAAGAGGUUUUGUCGCUGUAUCUUUCUGCCAAGGAUCAGAAGGAAGCGCAAUCGAUUCCCGGUAGUAACAAUAUUGUGCUUUUCUACGGUGCCACAUAUUGGAGGGAUGAAAUUCGUAUCUUCAUGGAAUUCAUGGAAGGUGAAACAGUUCAGGAUUUCCUUAAGGAUCAGUGURGGCUUCACAAGGACUUGUACAUGCAGUAUCUUGCAGAUGUUUUGUCAGCUCUUAAUUUUCUUCAUAGCAAGGGAAUAGUUCAUAAUGACGUCAAAUCAGCCAAUGUUUUACUAGACAGAUAUAAGCUUCAAGCAAAACUUGCCGAUUUUGGAAACGCUUCUCCAAUCUUCGACAAUGAAAGAUUGCAGUUGAUCAAAAAAGAUGUUUGGUCAGCGGGCUGUUUCCUGCUUGAAAUGAUUAACUGUUGCGAUCGUACGAUAUCAUCGAUGCGGUUCGGGGCCAAUGCAGCAGACUUGCCACACCAUGAUGAUACAGACACUAAUGAUAUAAUUCAGCUCUUCUUUGGUAACAAAAGCGCGGACGAACAAUACAACGCAAACGUUAUUCUUAGGGAAAUCAACCUUAGAGGGUAUAAAAGUUAGAGCAGAGGAACAAGAAUGAAUGAGUGAGAGAACAAAGGAAAGAAGAGAAAAAAUAAAGACUGUCAUUUUGUGUAAGAGUUUAAACUCCAAGUACCAAUCUUUUACGCAACAAAUCACCAGGUCGAUUUUUGGGAAAACUAGUUUCGUUUUAUUUAAAAACGUAUAUAAAACGAAACUAGUUUUCCUAAAACUCCUGGUGUUUUGUUGCGUAAAAGAUUGGCACUUUGAGUUUAAACUCUUACACAAAAUGACAUUUAGAAAAUCUUUUGUAAUCCGACAUAACGAAAUAUCAAAUAAAUAAAGAGUGACUUUUUCAUUGUA